UUUCUUCUUCUUCGCUUCCUCUCUUUGAAGUUUGAACUCUGUUUUUUUUUUUCCUUCUUUUCUUUUUCCGAGGUGAAAAAUGGAGAUUUCUGAGAGAGCAAAAGCUCGAUUAACCGUUCUCUCAGCGCACUUGGCGGUGUCUGAUGAUCCCGUCGGAUUGGAACAGGUGUUGCCGGCGAUCGAACCAUGGUGCACAUCGAAUGCAGCACCGCAUGGAUCCCUGAAAGGAAGCUUGACGAUCAUCGAUGAGCGUACGGGAAAGAAAUAUCAAGUCCCAGUCUCAGAAGAUGGCACAGUCAAAUGCGUUGAUCUCAAGAAGAUAAAGACAGGGAAGGAUGAUAAGGGGCUUACGUUAUACGAUCCAGGUUACUUGAACACAGCUCCUGUUCGGUCUUCGAUUUCUUACACCGACGGUGAUGAAGGAAUCCUCCGGUAUCGAGGAUAUCCGAUCGAAGAGUUGGCUGAGAGCAGCACUUUUCUUGAGGUUGCUUAUCUCCUCUUAUAUGGGAAUCUACCUUCUCAAAGUCAGCUAGCUGAUUGGGAGUUUGCAAUUUCUCAGCAUUCAGCUGUCCCACAAGGAGUAUUGGAUAUCAUACAGUCCAUGCCUCAUGAUGCACAUCCAUUGGGUGCUCAUGUCAGUGCAAUGAGUACACUUUCCCUCUUCCAUCCUGAUGCAAAUCCUUCCAUUAUGGGCCAAGAUAUUUACAAGUCAAAACAAGUUCGUGAUGAACAGAUAUUUCGUAUUCUUGGACAGGCACCGACAAUUGCAGUGGCUGCUUGUUUGAAGACGGCAGGCAAGCCUCCUGUUCUUCCUUCAGGAAAACUUUCUUAUGCAGAAAAUUCCCUCUACAUGUUGCAUUCAAUGGGCAAUAGGUCUUACAAGCCUGAUCCUCGGCUAGCUCGAGUGUUGGACAUCAUCUUCAUACUGCAUGCUGAACAUGAAAUGAACUGCUCUACUGCUGCUGCUAGGCAUCUUGCCUCUACUGGUGUUGAUGUGUACACUGCUGUUGGGGGAGCUCUUGGAGCCAUUUGUGGCCCUCUUCAUGGUGGCGCAGUCGAGGCUGUUACUAAGAUGUUAUCGGAGAUUGGGACUGUUGAGAAUAUUCCAAAGUUCAUCGAAAGCGUGAAGAACAAAAAGAGAAGGAUGUCAGGUUUUGGACACCGCAUUUACAAAAACUACGAUCCACGAGCUAAAAUCAUUAAAAAGCUUGCGGAGGAAGUGUUCUCCAUUGUUGGAAAGGAUCCUCUUGUUGAGAUAGCAGCUGCUCUAGAGAAGACGGCACUCUCAGAUGAAUAUUUUAUCAAAAGAAAGCUUUACCCGAAUGUUGAUUUCUACUCUGGAUUAAUCUGUAGGGCAAUGGGAAUCUCACACACAUUGAUCACAGUCCCGCGUAUGGCUGGAUACUUGUCACACUGGCUUGAGUCGUUAGAUGAUCCUGACACUAAGAUCAUGAGACCCCAACAGGCCUAUAAUGGAGUGUGGCUAAGGCAUUACGAGCCAGUGAAAGAAAGAACUAUCCAGUCAAUGAGUGAUUUGGAUCGGAUCUUUGGUCAAGUUUCCAUUUCGUAUGCAUCAACAAGGCGUUAAUUAGCUGCAUCUGCGCUUUAGUCUCAAUCCUACUACCAAUUAUAUAUAUGUAAAUAUAGUUGUGAAAAAAUCCUCGUGCCAUACCAUGUUUUAAGAAUAUGAUGUUUUCUUUAUAC